AUCAUCGAGAUUGAAGCUCGCAGUCAACCGGGAGUACCUUGAAAGUAGAUAACAAUUAGAAUUGUGUAAUUUUAGAAAUGUCUAACGCAACACCAGUGAUCAAGCCUUCAAACAAAGAAAACACCCGUGUCUUCCUUGAUGUAGACAUUGGUGGUGAAAGAGUUGGCCGAAUCGUGUUCGAACUGUUUGCUGAUGUUGUCCCCAAAACUGCUGAAAACUUUCGAGCACUCUGUACUGGUGAAAAGGGAACUGGCAAAACCACAGGGAAACCACUCCAUUUCAAAGGAUGUCCUUUUCACAGGAUCAUCAAGCAAUUCAUGAUCCAGGGAGGUGAUUUCUCCAACCAGAAUGGCACUGGAGGAGAGAGCAUCUAUGGGGAGAAAUUUGAAGAUGAGAACUUCUAUUACAAGCACGACAAAGAGGGCUUGCUGAGUAUGGCCAAUUCUGGACCAGCCACCAAUGGCUCCCAGUUUUUCAUCACCACUAUGCCUACUGCUCAUCUAGAUGGCAAACAUGUGGUCUUUGGACAAGUCUUGAAGGGGAUGGGGCUGGUGAAAACACUGGAGGCCAUAGAGACCAACGAGGACACGCCUGUCAAGCCAUGUGUAAUUGCUGAGUGUGGUGAGCAUAAAGAUGGCGACGACUGGGGAGUAGCACCGAAUGAUGGCUCAGGGGACACCCAUCCAGACUACCCAGAGGACUCCAACGUUGACCUAAAAGAUGUUGACAAAGUCCUGUCUGCUGCUGAAGAUAUUAAGAAUAUUGGGAACAACUUCUUCAAGAACCAAGACUGGCAGUCUGCAAUCAAGAAGUACUCCAAAGCUCUCAGGUAUCUGGCGCUUGGCGGAGACGAGCAGGAGAUUGAGAAGGCCCAAGCGAAGCUGGAGCCCACAGCGUUGAGCUGCAUUCUCAACACAGCUGCCUGUAAACUGAAGAUGCAGCUCUGGCAGGAAGCCAUGGACAGUUGUGACGAGGCACUGGAGUUGAACCAGAAAAACACUAAGGCUCUGUUCAGGAGGGCCCAGGCCUGGCAAGGACUGAAGGAGUACAGUAAAGCCAUGAGUGAUCUGAAGAAAGCUCAAGAAAUUGCACCAGAGGAUAAAGCAAUCGGAAACGAGAUGAAGAGAGUCCAGAUAAAAGUGAAGGAGGAAAAGGAGAAAGAGAAGCAAAUCUAUUCCAAAAUGUUUGCAUGAAGGUAUCGGACAAUAAUUUGAUAUAGGCCUAUCCUUAAAGUCCACUUGCCAAUAGUUAUUUCGUUUAGGCAGCUAGCUCCAAUACAGGUCCAUAUUGAAAACCAGGACCGUAUAAUCAUAUUGGCUGUUUAAUGAGUGGCACACAAGGGUAGCUGAAAAUGAAGUAUAGAUACGUAACAAAAUGUAAGCAUUUUUUUUGUUGAGGAAGCAUAAACCUGUCAGCAUUUUGUCAAGAGUAUUUCACUGUAUUAAUUUCAUAUUCUGUCAUGUUUACUCUGAAUAACUAGUGUAAUAUCCCUUUAUUUAUAUUUCUGAAUGUUUAAUAUAAGCCAUAAAGAUGAAAUGUGGUUGGUUAGUUGACUCUAUUUCUAGAAAUUUCCGUACUCCACCUGUAUACAAUGCAAUUAAAUACUACCUGUACGUUCAAUGAGAGAAGUAUAGAGUAAGACACCGAG